ACGUCGUAUCAAAUUAGCACUUGAAUAUUCUACGCGCCACCUGCUUGAGCGACUGGCCGAUGUCUCGGAUGCAUUGACUCUACUGCUGUUGCCAUUCGUUGUCCUCUCCGCCAUUCCAGUCCACGAAAGAUCUCAUCGAAAAGUGAGUUUCUUCAGUGUAUCUCAACAUCAUUUGGCUAAGAGGUGUUCCGCUGUGCCAGACGAUGCGUGUUGUCUACUUAUUGGUUUUAGCAGGAUUUCUGGCCAUUACUGGCCUUGCUUUUCUCAUCGCUGGAAUCGUACUCCUAAGCAAAGGUGAUGCAUCAUGCUCCGAGGGCUCCAGCAAUACAUCGAAUAGAAAAUCUCUUAACUCAGCACCGGGUAGAAAAUCUCUUAACUUAACAGAGAGAUGUUCCUACUCGGAGGAGGCCAUCACCAAGGGGUUGGACAAGUUCCUCCAGAAAGUACAAGACAGCUAUUACAAGCUUCAUCCAAAUAAAAUCUCUUCAAAGCCGAAAGUGUCUUCAGCAGAAAUACAAGCAAAAUAUCGCUCUUAUGACCCGUCCCCACAAAAUAUCAAGAUUAUUACAGAUAAAGCACUGGCCCUUUUGGAUGAAAUAAAUGCAAUAAUUUUUGAAUCGCAUAAAUUGAAACCACGCGAAAGGAAGGCUUUGGCUCAGGUAAAGCACUAUUUGCAACACAUUUUUGGAACGCCGUACGAUGUCAAUUAUUACGCGGGUGAUUUUCUCCUUGGUCCAAACCUGUGGUGUUGGCAGCCCCUGUGUGAUACUAGAUCUGAAAUGAAAAACAGUCUUUAUCACUUCAAACCAAACAGCACCGAAGACUUGGAAAAUUUACUGAAAAAAUUCGGAGAAAUCAAAGAAACAUUUGUUCAAUACAGGAAGAACAUGGAGUAUGGCGUUUUGGUCGGAAUGGUACGUUCAGUUGAACAAUGCAAAGCUGGUAUCAACGGAUUAACAUCGUAUUUCCGAGAAAUAUCAAUUAAAGGGGCAAAGGGUGUCUUAGAAGAAGAUUUUGUCAAACGUCUGUUGCAAUAUGAGUUUCUUGAGGUCCUCACGAAUAAUUCAGAAGAAAUAAGCACGUGGGAAAAGAAGAACGGAAAGAGCGUGAACCAGUCCCUUAGAGACUCUCUUGUGGAAAACAUUGGUAAACCUAUUGAAGAUUUCUUCACGUAUCUUAGAAAAGAUCAUAUGCAACAUUGCGUCUCCAGUAACGUGUCCAGCGGUUUGGCCACGCUUCCUCUCUCCUACGUGUAUGUCAACAAUACCGCUGACAAGUCAAGACCAGCAAACGGGUCUCUUCCAACAGGAGAACGGCUCAGCGGUAAUGAUUCUUAUAAGCUACUCGUUUCAUAUUUUACAACAAACACCAUGUCCCCAAAGGAAAUUAAUGAUCUUGGAUUCAAGAUGUUAAAAGAACUUUAUCCUCAGGUCCUAGAAGUAGCACGGCUGGUAACACAACAAACUGAUAACGAUACAGCUAAAGAAGAGUUUAGAAAGAAGCUGAAAUCGAGAGUUUCUGAGUUGAACUAUCUAGAAGGGGAGUUUCCGAAGAAUGAGUCUGAUGAAAAUGCUCAUGUGUUGUGUGGUAACGUCGAAGGUGCGAAGAAAUAUUGUCCCACAAGAUGGCGAGCGCUUCAAAACUGGUUUGAUGAGGCCCACAUGGCAUUGGGACUGCUGGAUCCAAAGACGAUUAAUAUGUUUCAUUUCAAUGGUGCAAAACACACAACGCCAAAUUGUCCAAUACAGCUGUCUCCCGACUUCAAUCCUUCUGGAGGAGCAAAUUAUAAUAGGGCUGGUAAAGAUUGUAAAAAGAACGCGCGGUACAAUAUACCUUUCUUCACAUCUGAGCCUGCCAACAGGUACGAAGAAUGGAGUAUAAACGCACACGAAGGAAGGCCUGGACAUCACACGCAAGUGCAAGGUUUAGAGGAACACUUUCGGGAUAGUUGUGGAGGAGUCAUCAAAUGGCUUGAUCAAGAAACUUACUACACUGCCUUUACUGAGGGCUGGGGUCUGUACGCUGAGAACCCAUUGAUUGGCGAGGACACCGAUGUCUAUAAGGAUGAGCCUUUGCAGAAAUAUGGAAUGCUGAAAUGGCAGGUGUGGCGCGCCUUACGGUUAAUUGUCGACUCGGGUCUGCACUACCAAGGAUUUUCCCGCCAAAAAGCCCUAGAUUUUUUCGCAGACUUCGCUUGGGAUGAAAGUGGUGAGGCCUUAAGGGAGGUGACUCGUUACCAAAGCGCACCAGGCCAGGCUACUGCCUAUAUGAUUGGCCAACAGCAUAUCAAGAAACUCAGAGAGUACGCGAAGGAAAUGUUGGGAGAUAAAUUCAAACUUCGUGACUUUCACUACCAUCUGCUAUCCCAGGGUUCCGCGCCAUUAAGUUACUUGGAGCAAAGUAUCGAGACUUAUGUAAAAUGCGUGAAGAACGAAAAUGCUUCCGGAUGUUAUGAAAUUUUAAGUCCUGCAGUGAACGACCCAGCUGCCGAUGUCGAUGACGAUGUGGGGGAUGACCUUUACGAGCCAAUAAGAGGGCGUCAUUAUUUCUGAUCAAAUUCACUAUCAAUCAUCAUAGAGUAUGUGAGCGUACCAUAGCUUUCUUACGUGCUUAAGGACACUCAAAAUAGAUGCAAUUCUCUGAGUAGAAUUGCCUGGGUAAAUAUUUUUACAAGUGACGACGGGUAAUUUAGAACGUUUAGCAUAGCUAAACUUUACUACAUACAACUACUAUACAUGAUAGUAACUGUCAUUUUGAAUUACCAGACUCAGCCUUAGUGUAGUUGUCUUCUUGCAUAGAAUGUUGCGAUGAACAGUUUUUGGCAAAUUUGAUCAAAGUUUACUUACAUGUAGCAUGCAGUUCUUUAAAAUGGUCAAUAAUACAGCCAAUAGAGAAUAAAUGCCCGAAAUCUACUACAGCACUCUUAAAUGUUAGACUUUAGUGAGAAACCAAUGUAAUCUACAAACGUUAUGCUCAGUUCUAAUUUUUUUAUAUCUUGCAUACUCGAGGCUUUUGUAUACGAACUGACAUAGUACAUCAUAACAUCGGUUAUUCUAGACGAUGGAGUAAUUGACGUGAAGAUCUAUCUUAGCAGUAUUGGUACGCUAUGAUUAAUUUUAAGCACUCCUCCUUCAUUUUUCUGCCCGAUUUUCGUUUAUAUUUUCUGGAAUGUUAAACUAAAGGAGAUCUGUCACGAAUAAAAAUUAUUAUUUCUUUUACUCUUAUAAAGCAGAUGUAAUCUCGUUGGUUUAAGUUUAAUUAUGUAUGAUAGGUGGAUUGGUCAGUGAGAUACAGUCCUUAAAGCGAAUUAAGUAUGAGAGCGAUCUUGGCAGUAAUGAACACUACUUGUGCAGUGGCGAAAUUAAGGCCGGAACCACAUUUUUUCAUCAUUUAUUCGUCACUACGCGGGUCUAUCCCUAAGCAACGCCCUUCCGCCCCAAUCUGCUGCUGUUAUCCUGGGUGUUUUUUUUUUCAGGAGUCAUUGAGCUGAACAUUUUUUAAAAUUUUAUAUUUUCUAAAAUCAUUGAAAUCCUCAAGGCCUAACUAAGUCAUUAAGAAAAGCUAUAAAAAUCAUUACAAUUACAUAAUUUUGUAGAAUACGUAAUAAAGAGAAGGCUACCCUGUGAA